AUGGCAACAAUAGUUGAUAAGCCUAUAAGUUAUGGAAAUGUUGAAAGAGAGAGCAUGCAGAGGACAUUUAUGAGACAGUUAGAAGAGACAGAUAAAUGUCGUGAUGUUAUUCGUAUGGGAUCACAAGCAUUUCUACAAUUAUGUGCCAAACUUAGAAACAGUGGUAGAGUUGAAGAUUCUAGAAAUGUUAAGGUUGAAGAGCAGGCCGAAUAUCUCGUCCAACCUUCUGGCUUAGAAGUUCCUUUGGAAAUUCUUACUAAUCAAAGAUUCUACCUAUAUUUUAAGAAAAAACCAAAUGCAAGAAAGUGGAAAAAUACCCCAGUAUUACAUUAUGAUAAGUUGUAUGAGUUGUUUAGUGCGAAUAGGGCAAUCGGAAAAUACUCCAAAUGUCCCAAGGAAAGGGUCGCACAAUGGGAUCAAGAGGUCAAUCAAUUAAAUAACUCUAUUGUAGGUGCAACUAAUGUUGAGAUUGAAUGUGAUUUUCCAAAUAAUUCACCAGACUCACAAGUUAAUUUGGACUAUAGCCCAACAUGUGGGGCAUCGGUAGCAACUAUAUCAACUAGAGGACAAAAGCGUAAGGCUUCAAUGGAUUCGUCUAUUGAAGAAAGGUGUAAGAAAAUAACAGUAGGAAUAAAGGAACUAGUUGAUGUCAUACGAGAUGGCAAUGUUGUUACCGAGAAGCAUGCUCAAAUUGCUAAGAAACAUGUUGAAAUAGCUGAAAAAGACAUAGAAGGGCAAACUCAAAAUUUGUUUGCCAUAUGGAGUUAUGAUGGGAAAUUAGUAUAUGAAAACAUUAUUGAAGCCACAGAGGAGUUCAACGAAAAAUAUCUCAUUGGAGAGGGAGGAUCUGGAAGUGUCUACAAAGCAGAAUUAUCCACAGGUCAAGUUGUGGCUGUGAAGAAGCUUUAUUCAGUACCAGACAAGGAUAUGUGUCAUCAAAAAGCUUUUAUGAGUGAGAUUAGGGCCUUAACAGAAACUAGGCAUCAUAAUAUCAUCAAGCUAUAUGGGUUUUGCUGGCAUUCAAAGGUCUCAUUUUUGGUUUAUGAAUUCUCUGAAGGAGGCAGCUUGGACAAGAUACUAAGUGAAGAGACACAAGCAAUUGCAUUGGAUUGGACUAAAAGAAUCAAAGUUGUUGAAGGUGUGGCUAAUGCUUCAUACUAUCUUCAUCAUGGAUGCUCACCUCCGAUAGUUCAUCGUGACUUAUCAAGCAAAAAUGUUAUUUUAGACUCAGAUUAUGAGGCACAUAUCUCUGACUUUAGGACAUCCAAGCUUUUGUAUCCAGAUUCUACCAAUUGGACCUCAUUUGCUGGCACCUUUGGCUAUGCUGCUCCAGAACUUGCUUACUCAAAGCAAGUUACCGAGAAAUGUGACGUCUAUAGCUUUGGAGUGUUGGCUCUGGAAAUAAUCAUGGGAAAGCAUCCAAGAGAUCUCAUAAUGUCAUGUUUCUCAUCAACAUCUUCUAGUGCAACACCAACAACACACUACUACAAAAAAUACAUUUAA